AUGCAAUCCUUCUCACCACCGGUUUCAACGGAAGAUAAAAAUCGUGUGGAGAAUUUAGCAUCUCAAAUUUUAAAGAUAUAUUCUCACCGAAAAGCAAGCAAUACGUUGGAAUCUCUUGAUGAAUUGAAAAAACAAUAUAAAUCAUUACCGAGAUUAACAAAGAAACAAUUUGAAAAUCUCCCCAAAGAACAACGAGAACAAUAUAUUAAAAUGUUGGAAUCUAUAAUUUCGAAACUGUCGGCCAUAAUUCUAUUUUCAACACCUUCCAAACCAUCGAGUACGACCUUUGAUGAACAAAAUUUAAUUUUAAAUGAUGUCCUAAAAGGAUUUAAUCAUAUUGAUAAGGAUUUUUCUAACAUCACGUUGCAAGCCAUGCAAAUGGCUAUUGACAGGAGAAGAGAAGAAGAAAAACGAGCAAUAGAGGAACAACGAAAAAUCUUGGCACAAAAAGUACCAAUCGCAGGAGUCAUGAAAAAACUAGCCUUUCAAUUGAAAUGCUUAAAAUUGAAAAAUAAUAGCGAUAUAUUGGAAUCGGAACGAGAGAAUUUGAGGAAAAUAUUUAAAAAUCAUUUGCCCAUAGAAAAUAAUUUUGCAUCCUAUUUUAAAGUGAUUCCAGAACUAUGUGACACAUUCACAGAUUAUCAAUGGAUAAGAUUAUUAGUGGCGUUAAAUUAUCAUGAAAAAAAUUGGCUUUCGUUUGUGGAAAAUAUUCAGGAUUUUGUUUUGAAAAGUUACAAAGUAGAAGAAUUCAUGCUCUUCAUGCUCAUGAAUGGAAACGAAAAGGAAUAUGAUUCUCUCAACAGAAGUGACUAUAGUCAUGAUUCGGAAAUGGAAUCACUACGAAAACAAACUGAAUCUGAAAAGAAUCAAAUAGAUUCUUUCAACAAGAACAUUAAGGAAAAGUGGUCUGCGCUAUCCGAUCUCGACAAACUCAAAUGUUAUCUCAAAGAAGAUUCCAAAGAACACUAUGAAAGUAUUUUAAAAAAGGCCAAACUUCUUGGUUUGAAAGAUGAGGCCAUUUUGGAACUUUUCAUUGAAUCUUAUCAAAAGGCAAAAGAACAACAUUUGUCAAACACGUCAUCAUCAUCGCCUCACCAAGAUAUUUUCAUUCACACUUUUCAUCCAAACACCUUCCGAGAGACAAUACCUUUCAAAUCUUUGAGCACUGAGCUCGCCCUUGGUUUUCACAACACAAGUCUCGAACUUGCGAAAAAACUCAACAUUCCAGAGAGUAUUAUAACUCACAUUUACAAGUCAAAGAAGGCCUCUUCAACCAUGGCCAAAACAACCACCGAAGAAAAUUGGAUAGAAAGAACAGUUGCUCUCCUCAAGGACAUUUCUCUCUUCAAGACGUUGUACUUUGAAGAGAUGCACACACCCAGCAAUGACAAUAUCAACACAUUGGAGCCCUUGUCCAAGCUGUAA